GGCCCGUAAACGAAACCGAAACCGGAGCCAGUACCGGGUUAAAGCGGAGGCGCGGGGCGGAGAACGCGCUGCUCGCUCACCCCCUGCCCGACAUCCGCCGCCAGACACCCUCGGCUACCCCCGCAGGGACCGACCCCCCCGGCGCUCCAGAGGCAGCGGAGAUGUCCCGUAGUUCCGGGCCGGCGGCAACGGCUGAGGAGUGCCAGGACGAGCGCUUCCUCUACAUGAUCUCCUGCUUCAGGCCGCGGAUCAAGCAGGUUAUCCGGGUGCAGCCGGUGCUGGACCACCUUCUCUCCCUGAGCACAGAGGAGAAGGAGAAGGUGCGGGCGGCCGCCCUGCAGCGGGGCGAGGUGGAGGGUGCGGAGGAACUGCUGCGGGCCGUGGAGCGGGGGCCCCGCGGGUGCGGGUGGUUCCACGAGUUUCUGCAGGCGCUGGAGCACGCUGGCUGCAGCUUGGCCGCCUGCUAUGUGAAUCCGAGCCUCAGCCACCUCCCCUCGCCGGCCCAGGAGGCUGACCACGACCUCUGCGUGCACUUGGUGCAGCUGCUCCACGCCACGUUGGUGGAUAAAAUGCAGACCAUCCAAGUGGCCGAGAAGUGUCUGCAGAUGGGCAUAUUCCAUGAUGAGGAUCUGGAUCGGAUCCACACUGUUACUGACAAUUGUGGGAACAGAGAUGGUGCAAGAGAGCUACUGAGAAGAAUAGUGCAGAAGAAAGAUUGGUUCUCUCCUUUUUUGAGUGCUCUCCGUGAAACCCAACAUGGACACCUUGCAGAUGAUUUAAGUGGAAACCCAGGAGGAACAGAGAAUAGACAAAAUGGGGUGAAGAAGAGUUCAAAUGAAGAAACAGAGACUACAUGCCAACCAGAAUAUGCCAUGGUGGAAGAUUUGAAACAGCAAGAAAAUGUGAAAGAUAAUUGCAGCAGUGAAAACAGUGAACUGGGAAUACCUAUUGAAAAGAAUUCUGUAUUUUCAGAGUCGGAUAUCUCCAUAGGAGAUGAAAGUGUCAGUAACUUGGAUGAAAACCUGGGACAAAGCUGCAUAACCAGUGAUUCAGAUGAAGAUGAAGUGGAGAGCAGAGCUUCACCUAAGCCAGAUCUGAUCCUGAGAGAUUACCAGAUGGAAGUUGCAAAGCCAGCACUGAAUGGGGAGAAUAUUAUAAUAUGUCUACCUACAGGCAGUGGUAAAACCAGAGUGGCUGUUUACAUUACCAAAGAUCACUUGGAUAAAAAGAAAAGGGCCUCAGAGCCUGGAAAAGUUAUAGUACUUGUUAAUAAGGUACCAUUGGUAGAACAGCAUUUACAAACGGAGUUUAAACCAUUCCUGAAGCCGUGGUAUCGGGUUAUUGGUCUAAGUGGUGAUUCUCAGCUGAAAAUCUCAUUCCCUGAAGUUGUCAGAAGAAAUGAUGUCAUAAUUAGUACAGCACAAAUCCUAGAGAAUUCACUGUUAAAUGCAGAAGAAGAAGAUGAAGAAGGUGUCCACUUAUCAGAUUUUUCACUCAUCAUUAUUGAUGAGUGUCAUCAUACUCAAAAGGAAGGUGUCUACAACAAUAUAAUGAGACGUUACUUAAAAGAAAAGAUGAUGAACAGGAAGCUGGCGAAAGAAAACAAACCACUGAUCCCUCAGCCUCAGAUUCUGGGACUUACAGCUUCCCCUGGCGUAGGAAGUGCAAAAUCCUACUCAAAAGCUGAAGAACAUAUUCUGAAAAUCUGUGCCAAUCUUGAUGCAUGUAGAAUCAUGACUGUUGAAGAGCACAGCUCCCAGCUGAAGAGUCAGGUGAAGGAACCAUAUAAGAAAACUGUGGUUGCAGAUGACAAAAGAAGGGAUCCAUUCAGAGAGAGAAUUACUGAGAUUAUGACAGCCAUUCAAAACUAUUGCCAACUUUAUCCAAAAUCUGAGUUUGGAACUCAGCCAUAUGAACAGUGGGUGAUUAGAGAAGAGAGAAAAGCUGCAAAAGAAGAAAAACGCAAGGAACGUGUCUGUGCAGAACACUUGAAGAAAUAUAACGAUGCUCUCCAGAUAAAUGACACCAUCCGAAUGGUGGAUGCCUACAAUCACCUGAACAACUUUUACAAGGAGGAGAAAAGUAAGAAGACAGUAAGGAGUGAUGAUGAUGAUGAUGAUGCACCAGCAGUGUCAAAACAGGAUGAAACAGAUACAUUUUUAAUAGGUUUAUUUCAUGCAAAAAAGAAACAGCUAAAAGAGUUGACUAGAAAGCCAGAAUAUGAAAAUGAGAAGCUAAUACAGUUGCGAAACACUUUAAUGGAGGAGUUCACGAAGACCGACGAACCUAGAGGAAUUAUUUUUACAAAGACUCGUCUGAGUGCCUUUGCUCUAUUCCAGUGGAUUAAGGAUAACCCAAAAUUUGAAGAAGUGGGAAUUAAGCCCCAUUACCUUAUUGGUGCUGGACAUAACAGUGAAACAAAACCCAUGACUCAGAAUGAGCAAAGAGAGGUUAUUGAUAAAUUCCGAGGUGGAAAUGUAAAUCUACUUAUUGCUACAACUGUAGCUGAGGAGGGCCUAGACAUCAAAGAGUGUAACAUCGUUAUUCGCUACGGCCUCGUCACCAAUGAAAUUGCUAUGAUGCAGGCUCGUGGUCGAGCUCGAGCUGAUGAGAGUACCUAUGCACUUGUGGCUUCAAGUGGCUCACGAGCUAUUGAACGUGAAGAUGUUAAUAUUUUCCGUGAGCAAAUGAUGUAUAAAGCCAUUCAGCGCAUCCAGAAGAUGCCUCAGGAAGAGUAUUUAAAUAAGAUUCAGGAUUUCCAGUUGCAAAGUAUAGUGGAAAAAAAAAUGAAGGCAAAAAGAGAUCAGCACAAGACAUACAAGAAAAACCCUUCACUAAUAACAUUCCUUUGCAAAAAUUGCCACAAGCUGAUAUGUUCUGGAGAAGACAUACAAGUUAUUGAAAAUAUGCAUCAUGUCAGUGUGAAAAAAGAUUUCCAUCUUUACCAUACAAGAGAAAAUAAGACACUGCAAGAUAAGGAUGCUGAUUACCUGACAAAUGGGGAAAUUAUAUGCAGAGAUUGUGGACAAGCUUGGGGAAAUUUGAUGGUUCACCGAGGUCUUGACCUGCCUUGUCUAAAGAUCAAAAAUUUUGUAGUUGUGUUUGAAGACAAGAAAACAACAAAGCAUAUUUUUAAGAAAUGGCGAGAACUUCCCAUCACAUUCCUGAGUUUUGAUUAUGCAGCUCAUUGUCCUUCAGAAUAUGAAGACUGAGGACUCAGAACAAAGGUUUUUUCAAUAAAUUAAUGAUUAACCUAUGCCAACUGUGAUAGUGAUUUUCUGAAUGUAAAAAUACCAUAAUGUGUCUCUGUACUUAUCUCACUGACAGAUUUUUUUCGCUCCUCUACUUUCAAGUAUGAUACUGGAGUGUAGACAGGACAGUGCUGAUUUAACAGUCAGCUUUGCCAAUUCAGGAUAAAGUGGUGUGUUUAAUGGCAUGGACAUGUAAAAACUUCAGUAGCCUCAGGUAAAAUUUCCAAGGUACAUCAUAGCUGAAAAGUAUAUGCUAGCAAAAAAGAAUCUAACUGUGGCUAGAUCUAUAAUUGCUCUACAUUU